UAUUAUCAAUCAUCGUUAUAGAAUGUAAUAUUUAAUUUUAUCCAAAAUGAGCCAUAUUUUAUACCAUCAUAAAACGAGGAUAUCAUUAUGUCAAAAUAGAAGUGUUAAUUGCUUACGAUUACGAAGUCUUUCAUACAUUAAUUAAGUAAUAAUUAGGAAUUUUAUUAGUGUAAAUAACACGUUUACUAUUAUUCCACUAGUCAUAUGGUAUGAGAAGUCAAUAUAAGUGAAACUAAUAUGUUAUAAUUAUAUUAUUAUGUACGAAUCUUACGAAUUAGAAGAUCGCAAAAUGAAAGGAACCCUUCGUGACUGGCGCAAGGCCUUGCGCACUCCGGCCACAUACAGGGUCGGGAACGCUGUGAGGAUACAGCCACAGUUUGUAUUGUUAAUAGUGUUAAUUGGUACUUUUUUAGUGGUGUUGUUUUAUUACAAUUGGUGGACAAGUAACCAGCCAGUAAGUGUUCAGAGAUGGGCCAGUUCUAUUCGACCUUACAACAGCACGUAUCCGUUGUCGGCGCCGCUGGUAACGGGAGACGUGGUUACGUACAGGAUUGGUAUAGUGGCAGACUUGGAUACAGACAGUAAGAGCAAUACAAACAAACAUACAUACAAUAGUUAUUUGAAGAGGGGAGUUUUGAGUUACCACCGUGGUAAGAAGGUUGUGCAAGUGUCAUGGGAUAAUGAGCCGGCAACAUUACUGUCAUCUACAUACUCCCAUAAGGGAAGAGGUAUGGAGUUGUCAGAGCUGAUUGUGUAUGAUGGUAGAUUGCUCACAUUUGAUGACAGAUCAGGAAUGAUCUUUGAAAUUGUAAAUAAUAAAAUGGUGCCAUGGGUGAUAUUGACAGAUGGCAAUGGCCAUGUUGAAAAAGGUUUUAAGUCAGAAUGGGCGACAGUAAAGGAUGACAUACUCUAUGUUGGCUCUAUGGGCAAGGAAUGGACUACGGCCAGCGGAGAGUUCCAGAGCUAUGACCCUAUGUGGGUGAAAGCUAUUAACAUGCAUGGAGAGGUCCACCACUUAAGUUGGGUGAACCAAUACAAGGCGGUCCGGGGCUCCAUUGGCAUCCAAUGGCCCGGCUACAUGAUCCAUGAGUCUGGAGUCUGGUCAGUUAUAAAGCAGAUGUGGCAUUUCUUACCAAGGAGGUGCAGUCAUGAGCCCUACAAUGAAACUAAAGACGAAGUUAUGGGAUGCAAUUAUUUAAUUACUGCUGACUCGAAUUUUAAAUAUAUUCAUGCUCUUGAGAUAACAAAACACCAACCAAAGCACGGCUUCUCAUCGUUCAAAUUCAUACCAGGAACGGAUGAUCAAGCAAUAGUCGCUCUUAAGACCACAGAAUUCGAAGGCAAGACAGCCACAUAUAUUAGUGCAUUUACAACUGACGGGACCGUGUUGUUACACGACACGCUAAUUGAAAACCUCAAGUACGAGGGAAUAGAAUUUAUAUAAUGGAUGUAGUAGA